GCAUCGUCACGAAGGGCUCCUCCGAGCAGUACGACUACUACGUGACGUCCUACCGCGUCUCCUCCAGCCGCGACGGGAAGAACUGGAGACCAUACAGAGGCAGCGGGGGCCAGGAGGACAAGGUCUUUGAAGGAAACGCUGACAGCCAUGGGGAGGUCUCCAACGCCUUCAUCCCCCCCAUCGUCGCCCGCUACAUCCGUGUCACGCCCCAAAGCUGGCACCAGCGCAUGGCCUUGAAGGUGGCCCUGGUGGGCUGCCAGCCGGCACGGGCCCGUGUGCCCCGGCCCUAUGUGCCCAGCAUCCCCAGGGAGGUCCCCGUCCCCACCAGCCGCCCAGCCAGCCGCACACCCAUCCCCGGCAUCGCCCUGGACCCAGAGAAGGCAGGCUCUGCGCUGCUGGUGAUGCUGCUCAUCGGCGGCUCCGUGCUCCUCUGCUCCAGCCUCCUGCUGCUGGCUUUCCUCUGCCGCAGGAAGAG